GGACUAAGACUCCACAAGGUCUGUUCCACACUGCCCCAACCAAGGGCACUUUCAAAACCGUAAAAAACGGGGAAGAAACAUUAACAUUCUUAUUGGACAAAAUCAGAUAGUCCCACCUCCAUUUAAAAACCCUUGUGCCUUCUGAACAACACGAACGUGUUUUGGUCACGUGGUUGCGGGGUGGGGUCAACAGGUAGGUGCGUAGCGUGACAUUUUCCGUUUAAAGUGCAAAGUUGUUCCUGCAGGUUGUCACUACCAUUGUGUGCUCCCAAGACAACAUGGAUUUCGAUUUGGCUUCAGCUGUAGGUAAAGAUGAUCAGGUGAAAAAGGAUGAUGCCUCUGGCCAGGAACAGAACGCCCUCUUUGGAUGGGGGAAGAAGAAGGACAAAGAUGGGGAUAAGGACAAGAGUGCAUCCAAGGACAAAGUCAAAUCAAAGGACCGCAAGGACAGUGACAAAUCGAAGGACCAUAAGGAGGACAAAGACAAGUCUAAGGAACAUAAGGACAAGAAACAUUGUGACAAGAAGGACAAAGGUCAUAAGAAGAAGAAAGACAAGAAGCCCAAAGAGCAUCAGGACAAAGAUGAUGGGUCUUCUUCUUCUUCCUCCUCGUCCAGCAGCGAUGAGGAUGAAGGCAAGAAUAAGCAUCACUGAUUCUGGUGCUGUGAGGAAGUGCUACUGCCAGUUAACCCUGAUCUCAAUGUUUUCUACUGCAGUGUUGAUGCAUGAUAUUUACUGUGUACCGUUUCCUUGUUGUUCCUGACUAUAUUUUGAUGUGCCAGACUGUAAAGUAGUGUGUUUUACAACAGAACAUUAAACACGACAACCAGGGUAUAUGGUGAAUGUCAAGACUUUUUUUUUUUUUUCAGACAUCUUUCCUCCCUAGUGAAAAGUCUAAAGUCCACCAGAAGGGGGAGGUGUUUUUCAUUUUAAUAUUUGUUUAAUAGAUUGAAUACAAUUGAUUGGCAAACAUUAUGUUCAAGUUUUUUUGAUAAAUUGUCCAGUUCAAAAGA